ACCUCGUUCUGCAUCCACUACCUUGGUUAACCCUUCUCUCAUACGAGAGAACUCGCGCUCACCGCUGCUCGUCGUCCAAGGUUCUGACAUCUUCAUUACACUACCUACUACACUUCCUCACAAUCAGUAUAACAUCGCGCCACAAUGGCCACUCAGACUUCACCUUCGCUCGCCAACUUCGAUGCCUUCAUGGCUAAGGAUAUCAAUGCUCCCACAUGGGAAAUUUCCGAGACGAGCUCCAUCGGCGAAACCGCUGUCUCCGAAGAGCAGUGUGCCACCGACAAACAAUAUACCGCCUACAAGACCUACAUCCCUCCAAAGGAAUCGUCACGCUUCUCCUUCGCGCAGAAGCCCGUUCCACGCUCCACGGCCGACUCGAUCUUCCAGUGGUCACCUCUUUCGCCACCCUCUGCCCCCUUCCAUUUUGGUCCCUUCGGUGACAGCGACGGACAAGACGUCGUGCCUGUCCACAUCACCCCAGCUCAGGUUCCAAAGAGCUUUUACACUCCUCUUCCCCAUCGAUGCGAAUGGGAGCCCCUCAAAUUAGCCACUGGUACAUACGAUGGGAUCGACGCCUACCAUGAGACUGCCUGGUGGCCAAGUUCGACGGCACAACCACAGACUUUAAAUAAAGAGCCGCUGUCAGAACAGAGGCCCACACCUCCGUCCCCUCUGGCUCACUAUCCAAAGCCUGUGGCAAUGCAGUCGAGUGUGGCAGUGGCCCCAUCACUCUAUGAGGACGAAGAUGACUUCGUCCUCCAUGCGCUCUGUCUCCCGUGGCUCCGGUAUGGCUUCAUCGAUGGCGAUGAGCUCACUCUACCUUCCACUCCGUUGUCUACACCCCCACUCUCGCCUUCAACACUCGUAGAUGACGAACAGGACUCUCUGGUAUUGGAGAAGGAGGGAGAGUUGACGGAAUGGCGGGAGGCACCCCCUCUUGGCCUUGACGUUUUAUACUUGGCCGGGUUAUAAAAGUUCUAGAGAAUUGGAACCCCAGAGUGAAGGACAUUGUAGUUUGUGUCUUCCUUUUCUUCAGCCACCUCGCUCUGUACUAUAUAGUUUUGUGAAUGGCAAAUGCCUUUAUAUCAUGCU